UCUCACCGCGCGCAAACCGUAGCUAGGCUCUCCCGUUCGACCUCCCCCGCCGCCGCCGCCGCCGCAGUAGCAGCAGCAGACAUGGGGGCCUACAAGUACGUGUCGGAGCUAUGGAGGAGGAAGCAGUCGGACGUGAUGCGGUUCGUGCAGCGCGUGCGCUGCUGGGAGUACCGCCAGCAGCCGGCCAUCGUGCGCCUCACCCGUCCCACCCGCCCCGACAAGGCCCGCCGCCUCGGCUACAAGGCCAAGCAGGGCUAUGUGGUUUACCGUGUCCGGGUCAGGCGUGGUGGCAGGAAGAGGCCAGUACCCAAGGGUAUUGUCUAUGGCAAGCCCAAGCACCAGGGUAUUACACAGCUCAAGUUCCAGAGGAACAAGAGGUCAGUUGCUGAGGAGAGAGCUGGACGCAAGCUGGGUGGACUAAGGGUGCUCAACUCCUACUGGGUGAAUGAGGAUUCAACCUACAAGUACUUUGAGAUCAUCCUUGUGGAUGUUGCUCACAGCGCUAUCCGCAAUGAUCCAAGGAUCAACUGGCUGUGCAAGCCUGUGCACAAGCACCGUGAGCUCCGUGGUCUCACCUCUGCUGGCAAGAAGUACCGUGGUCUGCGCGGCAAAGGCCAUACUCACCACAAGGCCAGACCUUCCCGCAGGGCCACCUGGAAGCGCAACCAGACUGUCUCUCUUCGUCGCUACCGUUAGGCUUAUGUUCUUUGUGGCAUUGUUACAGUGGAAUUCGUCCCAAGCAGGAUAUCUGUUUGCCUUUAAUUUUGGUAGUGUUCUGAAAACAGUGAGCCAUCUUCUAUAAGCAAUGUUGCAAUUCUCUCUGUUUAUCUAUUUAUUUGCCUGUGAUGGGACGAAGAAUGACUCAGUUACCGAAUGAGCUGGUUAUCAACUUAUCAUAGUUUGGAGUCUA